GCCCGGCGCCGGCCCGCGCCUUGCGUGGAGGAUGACGGAGCUGCAGUCGGCGCUGCUACUGCGGAGACAGCUGGCAGAACUCAACAAAAAUCCAGUAGAAGGCUUUUCAGCAGGUUUAAUAGAUGACAAUGAUCUCUAUCGAUGGGAAGUUCUUAUUAUUGGACCUCCAGAUACACUUUAUGAAGGUGGUGUUUUUAAGGCUCAUCUCACUUUUCCAAAAGAUUAUCCCCUUCGACCUCCUAAAAUGAAAUUCAUUACAGAGAUAUGGCACCCAAACGUUGAUAAAAAUGGUGAUGUGUGCAUUUCUAUUCUUCAUGAGCCUGGGGAAGAUAAAUAUGGUUAUGAAAAGCCAGAGGAACGUUGGCUUCCCAUCCACACUGUGGAAACCAUCAUGAUUAGUGUCAUUUCUAUGCUGGCAGACCCUAAUGGAGAUUCACCUGCUAAUGUUGAUGCUGCGAAAGAAUGGAGGGAAGACAGAAAUGGGGAAUUCAAAAGAAAAGUUGCCCGCUGUGUAAGAAAAAGCCAAGAACUGCUUUUGAGUGACAUUUAUUCAAUAGCUGCAACUUCACUUAUUUCAGGGUCUCCAAUUGAGAAAUGUGGCACUGUUUUUCCUGCACUCUACCCACCUAUUGCUGGACUUCUGUUGUAAUAAAUUGGCAAACACUGGCUGGAACUGGCUGCAAUAAAAACAUGCCCAGGUAUCAAUGCUGACAAGAGCCUAACCAAGUGCCAACUUAGCAGAUGAUUACGCAUUUUGAAUAUCUAAUGAACUGUUUUAAACCUUCAGGAAGAAUUGUAAAGACCUUGUACAUAGCACAACAUGA